UCUCCCUCCCAGUCGGUGCGUGGUCUCUGUUAAACAACUCCUUCAGCUAGGUUAAUAAGUCUAAGCGUAAAAGUGUAGCCAAGAGCUAUAAGGGAGUAAGAAAGGUAAAAGCAACUGUCGCCAUCGUUAUACUUAGUUCCAUCGCUAUCGGUUGCUGUGUCGUCUGCUCAACAGAGAAAGUCUCACUUCGUAAGUCAACCUCAAGUCUAGUUAAGUGCCAGGUCGUUGGCUUAUCUAAUCUACCUAUCUUUGCUCCAUUUUGUGUCUCUCGUUUUUUCCCUUAUUGCUCUCUAAGGCAUUGACAAAACUUCCAAAGAAUUAGCCCACUCGUUGGAGCCGAUCCCCGGGUAAGUCGUCCCCCUUUAUCCCUCACUUAUCUCUUCAGAGACUGUGGCUCGGUAUAACCUACCUUUUUCAUGACUUCACAAAAAAAUACCUGAAUGAUCUAAUGGAACAGAUUCUGUCGACAUAUUAUUCUUAUUUACGAACCACGAUUUCGUCUUCCUAUGCUCCAAAGAUAUCAAGCGGUCGGCGAUGCCGCUUAAUUUAAUUGAAUACGGUUACAAAAAAGAGUUGGUUUGUAUUUAGCAAGGUCCGUUUCGUUUUUUACCCGAUCUAUCUGUUGCUAGUGUAGUUAUGUGAGUAAUCCAAAAAUCAUGUAGGUUCUCUUCGUCAGUAACCUCACUCCACGCUGAGCAGGCAUGUAAUACCCUUGCAGGUUGGCGCACUUGCUCCCAGGGCCCUACAUUGUUAGGCUGUGCCUUAUCUGUUCUACAGAGGCUAUUGGGUUAUAGCUCUCUCAGAUAGUCUUAGAGUUUGGCCGUUGUGACGCGGUCUUCUUGCUCCCCCGGUAUGUAAGUUUUUAAAUGAGGUUAUUUAAGUAGUUGAAUGGGAGGCAGCGUGUAGUCCUAUGGGAAAAAAAAAAACGCCGCAGAUUUUGUGCGAGUAAUGAAUGAGUGAAUGAAUGAAUUGAGAUUGAGUAUUCUUCUGAUUCUUUCAAAAGGUGCCAUUGAGUACCUGUGCCAGUGCAACUAUAUGUAGAUGAAGCACAAGAAUAAAGUUUAUGCUACGUCGAGAGAAGAAGCACUUGAUCGGCAAUCAAUAAUUACGACUUUACCACUCCAGAGACGAGACAAAGAAAAAGCUAUUACGAUUUCUUAGGACGACUGGAAUUCCAUUUGCUAUUUGGUUCUUGAUCAACCUAAGACGUUUAAGUACUUUUCUUUUAGAAACAAACAAGUUUUUAAUUCAUUGUUAGUUUUGGUCUUGGAUUUAUUUUGGCUAAGAGUAAUCACAUUUUAGGAGCAGCAACAACAACAUUCAAGGUCUUCCUCAUUGUUAAGACGGAGAAGAAAGAGCUAUCAGUCACGAGCAAUAGGGUUAACAGGAGAUUGAAAGAACUUGAACAAAGAAGAAGUAAGUAAGUACUCAACUACUAGCGCGAGAA